AUGAGUACACGUUUCAACACCAACUUAAGAUAUUAUUAUCGUAUCUCAAUCACCGCCCCAAUACAAAUUAAGUUGGGAAUUAAGAGAGGAAUUCAGAAAACGGAGAAUUGUUGUGAAUUUCUUUUUCAGUAGCUAUCAGUCUCCUCCCAAUACACGAUUCUAAACACACAAAUCGAAAGAAAGGCCACAACAAAGGCUGAAUCACGGGUGGCUCAGUCACCCAGAAUGAGCUAGCACCUUGGAUCGCGUACCCGAGCGUCUAAAUAACCAUAUUUGGUAGCCAUGUUUCUCGUUCGCUCAUUCAGAAACCCGACUCCCAGGACUUCCUCCAGAAAGUGCGAAUAGCGGCAAAAUCGAAAAACCGGCAUUGCCGCACGUGCCCAGUGCUGUGGCCGGUCGUGUGUGUCGUCAGCCGAAAGAGCGAAGGCAGAGGGAGGCCGCUCCAAAAAAGGGAGAAGGACAGACAGCCAAACUCGCGGUUGUCGAAAAGAACAGCAUGCUAACAUCGGGCUCAAGAUACGGCCAGACGAACGACCACAACACAGAGAUAUAG